AUGGACAAAUAUUUAAAAUAUUAUCAUAAAGCAAGUGUAGUAUUUAAAUAUGGUACUCAAAAUUGGUCAGAAGAUAGCUUUCCGCACAUACCAAGACCUCAAGCGUCGAUUUGGAGCAAGUUACAUCAUUACAUGAGUUACAGACUUGUAUUCUUUGAGAAAUAUUUCUUAAAUUUUUUCAAAAUUCAUAACAUGUCUAUUGAACUUCCGGCAAUGGCAAUAUUAAUUGGAUCAAUGGCUGAGGCGAGCGGUAUGGCAACCUGCGAUGAAUACUCCAGUUGGAUUAUAUCAGAACUGAUAUUGAAUAAUGAACCGGGAAUUUUUACAAUUUUGGAAUCAAAGCCACGAGAAAGUUUACCUACUUUAGUACGCGGUAUUGGCCACAAGAGUGUUGGUGUUGCCGGUGCAGAUGGCGAGAUCGAAGUAGUUAUUGAUGCUAUGGAAAUGUCUACUUUAUCCUUUCCUAACCAAUUUAUGGACGUCAAUAGGAGAAUCAUAUUUGGAAGUGACAAGAAAAAAUGGAAAUCAUUGGCAGUCUGCCUGGGCGACUCUGUAGAAUUGCCGCUUGGAAAAGAUACUCUCAAAGACUUAUCAACGGAAUUAGAGAGUUAUUUAAACGAAAUGACAACUUGUCGCAACAGAGAGGAGCUUAUAUUAGCCGAUACUCCUCGCGCUAACCCGAGCGACAUUGAUGAAGUCCUUGAAGUCUUUUUCCAGACACUUCAACGAAAAAUUGGAAUUUUAAAAAAUUUAUAA